AUGAACUUCAAAGUACUUUCCGUAGUAUUGUGCGUGGCGGUCGUGUCUCAAGCUCUUCCUACUCAGGAUGAAGCUCGCAGUAAUAGUAUUCAAACUGAAAAUGACCUUUUGGACGCUGUUUACACCGAUUGUUUAAAAAAGGAUUCGUUAUCUUGCUUAAAAUACAAAAUAUACAACUUUGUCGACAAGACCUUGGGACAAAAGGAUACAAUUACAGUGACCGAUGGAGUGCAAAUUAUCAAAACCGGAAGUGAAAAGGAUGGUGCUCCACGUGCUUUAAGCAGUGACGAUUCUAUUGAAACCGUCUUAUUCGAUCGUGUUGCUCGGUGGUUGAACACUCACACCGUCAAGGUUGACCUUAAGGGCAGUGAUAUCGUAAACGCAGUGCAAUCUACAGCAAGAAGCUUCAACGACGUCGUUUCUGAAGAAGAAGAUAAUGAAACGGAAGAAGGUAGAGGCAAAAAGGGAAAAAAGGGAAAUAAAAUGGGUGGUGCUCUUAUGGCCGCUCUUGCACUUAAAGCAGCUAUCCUCGGAAAACUUGCUCUUUGGGCCAUCGCUGUCUUGGCUGGCAAAGCCUUGCUUAUCGGUAAAAUCGCUCUAGUUUUGUCUUCCAUCAUCGGUAUCAAGAAACUCCUUGCCAGCCAAAGUCAUGGAAAACACGUAACCUAUGAAGUAGUUUCUCAUCCUCAACACAGCAGCAGUCAUGUAAGCACCCACGAAGUCGCUUCCGGUCAUGGAGGUGGUUACUCAGGUGAUAUUGGAGGAGGAGCAGCAUAUGGAGGUUCCGGACACGGAGGUUGGGGAAGAUCAAUGGAUGCUCAACAACUCGCAUACAGAGGCCAACAGCCAGAAGCUCAACAACAAUAGAAAUUAAUAAAUUAUUGAUGGUUUCUGUACCUGCCAAAUCGUCGCCCUAUAGCGUGUGUUUGAUCAAGAGCAAGACUUUGUAAAUUUUUAUGUCAAUAAUCUCUUGAUCAGGAACUUGCAUUGGGCAUAAGAACAAAUAAGUAUUUAUGUAAUUUAUUUUUUAGAUUUAAAAACGGACUUAACUAGACAUACUGACUAUGAGACAUUUUUACCAUUGAUGCUUGCUGCGUCAGGCAUAGUUUUUAAGUUUAUUUCAGUCGAAGUAUUGAAUAAAUGAUUUAACACCUUA